UUAAAUUUCCAAAGAACUCCAAAAUUUCAAGUGUGUUUAAUAAAAUUUUUAUUUAAUUCUUGUACUUUUUAUAUGGCACAAUGCCCAUGAGAAACCGGAUACGGAACUUGUUCAGGUGGAACAAGCGAAAGCGGGCGGCAUCGGAUUACCUGGAACCCCACGAUGAGGGUGUUGGCAAUGUCCAGGACAACCGGAGUGCAGAAGAUGCUAAGAAGGAGAACAAAGUGGAGAUUUUGCCGCCACCACCGAUGGAGGGUGAGAUGCCCAGCUACUUCCACGUUGGGCUGCUGGCCAAGAUGUGCCUCACCCACGGCUACACCAUUGGCCGCUGGAAGCUGCAGUGCACCUCGAAAACGGAAAAUGAUUUCUAUUUGAGCAGCUUCGCCGAGGGUUAUCCCACCAUGAAGGACGUCUUUGGCGGCUUGGAGGCGUACAAGGAGAGUCGAAACUUUCACGCAUCCCUCGCCUGGCUGUCGGAUGGAGACUUGUUAUCGGAUCUUGGAGUGCAUGGUAAUGGACUGGGCGGCACAUGGUCCGCUAUAUUGAAGUCUAUGGUCAGCUGCACUGAAGGACGCGAAUUUCAAUGCAAGCUGAAGUGUGGCUUCGAUCGCAAUCCUGGCAAAGUGGAAAUGUAUAUACCCCUCUACAAGGAACCCUUAUUGAUGGGCUACAUUAUGAUGCAGCCUGUCAAGAAUUACCUGCUGGGCUACCGCACGGUGUUCAAUGUGGAGGAUAGGGAGUUCAAUAUGCAUGCUUUUUGCGGAGGAUUCAGCAACGAUGUCACAGAAGUCGGACUGAAACUUGAGAAUUUCGAGACUCUGCGAGGAUCAAUCUUCCAGCGCAUUGGUGAAAAGUGGGCCGUGGCCUUGAAGGCCAAUCUGUAUGGAAACGUGAGUGCCAAGAGUGUCUCCAUUGGAGGUCAGUACGAAUGGGAACCUGGAAGCAUGCUGAAGGCCAAAGUGCGCGGAGAUUCCCGCAUCGGGCUUAUCUUUCAGAAAAAACUUCGCGAUGACAUCGAAGUUCUGUUCCACGUUGGCUUCGAAGGAAGUGAUCCCAUCAAUGGGAAGCACAAGUUCGGCUCAUCAUGGUACUUCAAUAUGUAGGAUGGCUAGCGAACAU